CGGGCACCGCCAUCGCCCCGUGCCCGAUCCCGACUCGCUGCCGGGGGGACCCGCAGCCAUGGCGCAGAAAUCGGACUCCCGAGACUCGGAUAACAGCUGGGUGCUGACGGGCACUGAGGGGCUGCCUGUGGAUACGGUGGGGCCGGAGCGGGAUUCAGCCUCCCAAGAUGACGAGAACGAAGAGGAAGGGGAGGAGGAAGGCGACCCGGAUGCCGGCACAGCUGACGGCACUGAGGAUGGAGCCGCCUCCCUGGGUGAAAAACAGCAUCCUGAGGUCGGGGAUGCAGAGGAACGCUCGGAUCCCGAUGCCGGCACAGAACUCCCUCCAUCCGGCCCUACAGAGCUCAGCGCCGCGGGGAGCUGGGAGGAGGAAAAGCACAACGCUGAGCCCGGAGCGCGUGCUGAGGGGCCCCUGCUGGAGGAGGGGAGCUGCACCAGCAGUGACGACGACGUGGAGGGGCUGAGGCGACGGCAGGUCCAUCAGCCCCGUGCUGGGACCCCCCCUCCUGCCCCCAUCCAGCGCCGUGUGCUGCAAGAUGAAGGCAACGAGGAGGGGCUCAGUGCCAACAAACUGCUGCUGGGAGUGCUGGCGUUGGUGGCUGUGGCUCUGCUGAUCGUCACUGGUGGUUUCUACGACACGGCAGACGGUCCUGCCGAUGCGAUGAGCCACGAUGCAACAGACGUGGAGCAGGAAGCUGUGCCCGACAACGGCAGCGACUCCCCACAGAAGCCCCCCCUGGACGGUGGGGACGUGCGCAGCAUGCAGUCCAUGAGUGUGCUGCUGGACCGCCUGGCCAAGGAGAACCAGGACAUCCGCCUGAUGCAGGCUGAGCUGCAGACCCACAAGGAGGAGCUGCAGGCGCUGCUGCAACAAAGCGAAAAUGCAGCAGCAGCAGCUGGGGAGAAGCAGCAGAGUUUGGCCAAGGAGAACGCCGAGCUCCGUGCAGCGCUGCAGCGUGAGGCCGAGGCACUGCGGGCUGCACGCGCUGAGCUGCAACGCCUGCAGGCCGGGGGGGCUCCCAGUGACCCCCAGCCCCACAAGGAGCAGCCUCACGGUCCCAGUUCUGCAGUGCAUGAAGGGGGGGCCCGGCAUGAGGCACGGCACCGAGGGCUGUUGGAGUCGGUGCAGCACGAGCUGGCAGCUGCCCUGCAGCGAGCGCAGGGUGCGGGGGGGCUGGAGGGGCUCAAAGAGGAGCUGAGGGAGCUGGAGGAGCGCCUGAGCCGGGAGCUGGGGGGAUCCGAGGGGGCUGAGGCAUUCCCUGGGCAUUGGAAAAAGGGGUUCAAGGCAGAAAAGAAGGAGAGGGGGUGGCACAAGAGGGACGGCCACCGCGAGCGGGGCAAAGCCCACAGCAAGGAGCACCACGGCAAGGAGCACCACGGCAAGGAGCAC